AUGUUGAAUUCAACAGCAUCAAACCAAGAUGAAAUCAUACUAAAAUCAUCAAAAAGGUUUGUACUAGCAGAUCAAGUCAAGGAUUUAGAAUCUGCCCCAAUAUAUCGACCUAAAAGAUCAAGUAAAAAAGUAAAAUUAUCACUUGUUACAAAUCAACCUUUUACUUAAUCCAAAAUUUGUUAUAUUUGUCGUAAAAGCUGUGGAAUAAAAUUAUGUAAAUGUGAUGAUGUAUAAUAUCAUCCUGAUUGUGUGAUUGCUGAGAUGAAGAAGCCUUCAUCUUCGAUAUCAACUUUGCAAUGUCUUUUUUGUUUAUGUUUCUUUAAAACUGAAAUUAAAAAUAAAAAGUAUAACAUAAUAUGAAACUAUAGAUUUCAUUAAAGAAAGAGUUAUAGAAAUUUUGCAAUUUUACUAGCCAUCUCUAUAGCUAUUGUCUUUAUCUUAAUAGGGGUAUUAUGGAAUACACUUUCAACAUUAAUGAUAAUCAUUUUAUUUAUAAUCAAUAUAUUGCUCUCCUUAAUUGCAUUAUAUUGUUACAAAAAAAUUUAUUACUUGGAAAUAGAUUGGAGGUUAGUAAUAGCAGAAGAUGAACCAAUAAAUCCAUAGGCUUAUAAUAAUGCAAAAAUUAUACUUCAAGCAUUUUAUACAAAUACUGCUCAUUACAUCUUUGAUACUGAAAUGUAAUGA